GCAAGCCACCCACACCCAACCUUUUCUUCUUUCACCACCCACAAAAAAACUAGAUGGGGUGGCUUCAAUCCCUCUUCUCCCCAUUGAAGAAGCUCUGGUUCCGCCUCCACACCACUUCCAACAACAGAAGAGGGAUAUACAUUUUGUACGAUGAUGUGAAGUCGUGCUCGUACGAGGAUGUUCAUGUUCUGUGGUCGAUACUGGUUGAGGCCAAUUCCCCUCACAUUCUGCAGCCGCCGCCGCAGCCAUCAAAGCAAUGAGCAGGGGAAGUGAACAUCGAAAAACACUCUUCAUACCAGUACAGAUUGCAGAACUGAAUCAUGGUGAUGGCGGAAAUGGGACACACAUCCGAGCUAAACCCACUCUUUAUCUUUUUGUACAUAAUGAUUAUAUCGUGCAUUUAUAAUCGUGUUUUAUUACUAUAUACACAAACACCCCCCAUCUUUUUUGGUUCUUCCUCUGUUUUUUGGGCUUCCCCUGCCCUUGCUUGUGAGGUUAAGCUUCUUGUCACGGUAUGAACUUACAUACUAGAGAAGAGAGAACAAAACAACAAACCUUUCUUGUAUAUCCUUUCUUCCUUUCUUCUGGCGUUUUUGGGAUUUUCCAUGGGAGCAAUGCUUAAACGGAAAUGAAAACCCUAAAAGGGGCAUUGGAUGAACGGAAAUUUGGUGGGUUGUUGUUAGAUUGUGUUUCUAGAUUUCUUCUUGCUCUAAAUUCAGCUGCUCGCUCUCUCUCUCUCUCUCUCUCUCUCUCUCUCUCUCUCUCUCUCUCUCUCUCGAUAGUUGCUUUGUCAGUUUCAGCAGUUGAGAGACGGUUUGUCUCUUCUUUUCUUCUUUUUUCAUGUAUGGUUACUGAAGUUGACUUGCGAAAAAAGAUAUCUGUAGGGA